AUGCGGUUGGCGCUUUUGGCUCAGAAGCUCGCCGAGUGUUGGGAAAGCACACAAGUAGAACUCCAUGGUUCUUACUCCGUCGAGCGCGUUCGAGAACUGAUCGACUAUAAUCAACGAGCCAGUAUCCUUCGAGCCUUGACUGUAUUGGCCCUCGUUCCGUGGCCGUGUGUGAUUAUAACCAUUCUUGUCGAUUUGAUCCCGUUGCGUCCGUCAUCCGAAGGACUGGAUGCCAACUAUCUCUUCAUCUUCCGAGUGUUUCUGUCAUUUUGGGUGGCUACAAUCGUCAUCAAUCUCCAGUUCCGACAUAGUGUUCCUCCUGUUCACCUAUCAAACAUACGUAUCGUUAUAUCCGGUGCAUUCUCAGCCGCGUUUACAACGGGCGUCGUGUACGCACUUUCGAUGGUGAUUGGAUUCCCAUUACCUUUUGGAAUCAUCACCGUCUCACCGAUGUGGGUUGUAUCAAUGCUCGUCCCUCUAGUGUCCUUUCUGAAGAAAGCUCGAUCCGAUCCAGAGGUGUGGAAACUUGUAGUCAACACGCUGAAAGUCUGGCUUUGUCAAGAAAGUCUUGUCGUGAUCUACCCGACGUAUUUCUACAUUUUUACAACCCUUCCUGCCGAUGCAAAGACUCCGUUUGCUUUUCUUCUUCCGGUCAUUAAAAUAUUCUUAAGGAAUGUGAUGUCGCGGACUGUGGUGCAUCUGAACGACGAGAUCCCUGAGGUUGUGUUGAUGAACGUAGAGGUCUUCAAUUCUCUGUUCAUGUCUUACUGCAUGCAGAACACUCCGUCCAUAUGGACAACACUCGGUUUGAUCGCAAUAGAUGGCGAUCAGAUGAUCGCGAGCGAGUGA